AAAGGAGGCCGGCGGCGGCCCCCGCUCCGUCCUGCCGGCAGGAGGAGGAGGAGGAGGUAGAAAAGGAGGCAGGUUUCCACCCUGGGACUGUCUUCUAGGGUAAACUAUCACCAAUGGAAGUAACAUUUGUUUUUCCAGCAUUCUGGGUUGGCUGGAUUAACUGGCUGUCAUUCAGAGGGAACUUGGCAGAUCUAUUUUGCUUUCGUUGAACCUCUCUACUGCAUGUCGUGAAGAUUUCCUGGGUCCAGACGCUGCACUAAAGACAACUGAGCAACACAAAAAUGUGACUUUGACAAGAGACUCCAAGCUUUCUGACACGGAAUUUUUUACUGAUCGGUUUAUAAUUUAAACCUAUAACUGAAGCAUGCCUAAUAAUUAGUUAACCUGUUAGGGGGAAGAGGCUUUCUCUGUAUUUGGGACUGCCAGAAAAAGCAGUCACUUGAAGUUUCAAAAUGAGUGCUCCAUUAAUCCCAAACAAGUCAUGUUAUGCCCAGCUUCAGGACAACCACAGCGAAAUAAAAAAUAAUAAUGAAAGCACAGUGACUAUGGGGGAUACGAAUGCCAACCAAAUAGUGACAAAAGUUAGAACCACGGAAGGGGAUAUCAAGAAACGUGAUUUGACAGAUGAGAGUGGGAAUAUACACCCUGGAGGAUUAGAGAAAGUUACUCACCUGAAUACGGAGCAGAAUAAACUGGCCUUCAGAGACCCUCGGACCUGUAACAGCAGUGUACAGGAAAGUAAACUGCCCUCAACCACAAGCAGGGAAAUAGGGAAAGACUCUAGGACCAGCGAAGCUAAGGAUAUAUCAAGGCAUAUCAGGAUUAGCCGAGGACAAAGUCUGUCCAAUUUAAAAAGCAGCACAAAUGAUGCUAACCUGGAGGUUGUUUCAAAAGGUGAUGUUGGCCUCACCCAAAACCUUUCUAAGGGUAAAAUGUCCAGGACUGUGGAGAUGGAGAGAAUAAAAAGGCUUUCUCUGGGCAGACCGAGUAAAUUGUCUCCUCAAUCUGAAACAUUUGCAAAAGAAUGUGUUGGCCGUGUGUCGUGUAAACGUCUGCUUUCUGCAUCAUUGGAUUCCAUUGACAGGUCACACCAUUUGAUUGGAAAUACAGAGAAAUCACAAAAAACAUCCACAGAUCAUUUUCUCGGGAUGGUGUUUCAUCCACUUGACAAUACCUCAGAGGAAAAUAUUGUGUUUUAUUCCAAACCAUCUACCUCAGGGAACAAGAAAAUAAGUAAACCAGAAAAUGUACCAAAUGUUAACACUGAAAGCACACUGCAUACUUCUCAUACCAAUCAUCAUUCAUCUACUAAGCCCAACGAGACUGCUAGUAAAUCAGAAGCACAAUUAGGUCAGGGUGAUAAAAGUAAGAAAACGGACCUUAAGACUGCACCAUCUCUACAAUCUAAAAACACGUGCCAACAAAAGAUUGAGAGAAUUACGCUGGUAGAGUUACUGGAGUGUCAAAAAGACAAAAGCACAAUAGUGCAAGAAGAGAAAAGGUCUGUGUCCGACUCAUCAAAAUUUCAAGCAUCCCAUCUUCAAGACAUCUGUAAUAAAGUAAAGGAACCACUGUCAAGCCAGGUGGUAACCUAUCCCGAUGACAAACUGCAAAGUGAUAACUUCACCGUCAAUGGGGAAGGGAGAGGAAGUAAUGACAGUGACAGCAGGGCAACUAGCCAGGUUAGUGAGGAAUAUUCUACUGACAAAGAAGUGGAAACAAUAUUCCCACUCACCUGUGAUAGCCAAUCCAGUGGCAAAGUGUCACCUAGACAAAACGAAAAUUUACAUGAAGUUGAUGCAGGUUGCAUGGAAACAGUUGGUGAACAGAUCUCUCUGAUACAUAACACUAACAUACCUGACAGCAGACCCUUGCAAGAUAAUGAGAAUAAACUGAUGCUAGUCAAAGGAGUCACCGAAGAUGCUGCCAUGCCUGUUUCUGAUCUCUCAGAUCAGCACAGAGCAUGCAGUGCAGAGACAGCAUCGAACCAACAACCUGACAACCACGACAGUGAUGUGGAAACCUCAAGCUUUUCGGUUCCAAGUACAAAGACAGCUCAUGCACAGAAACAUCCUCCAGACGAAGCACCAGAGAGCUAUAAGGCUUUGGCAAAGGCUGAUACCCUUUUAUGUGCCCCAACUCCCGUGCGCCCAGUGGCAAUGCUGGAUGUAAAUAGUCAGCCCGCCCUAUCUAACAGUAAUUUGAAGGACCUUUAUGCACUUCAUGUUGACAAACUGUCACCCUCCUCAGUCCUACCUCCUGCUGACAGUACGCAGUUGUUAAACAUAUCCCCUAAAGUGCCUCUCAAGGCUGCUUGCAGCAGCGCAAUCCCCAAACCUAUCCUGGUCCACCCCAAGGGCUCCCUUGCAGAUAAGGCGGACGUGGACAGUGACUACAGCGAAAAACUGGAAGAAAGCAUGGAGGUGAAACCUGCAAUACCCAAGCCCAAACAUGUGAGACCUAAAAUCAUCACAUACAUUAGAAGAAACCCUCGCUCAAUAGAGCAGCUUGACCCUUCAUUUGCACCGCCGGGGCUGCCUUACAGUACCCCUGCGUGCGGCGUGCCAAUCUCUACCGAGCAGAAGGCAUCCAAUGGAGGGGAGGUGAAGCCCCCCACCAUCCUGUACGACAAAUUUAAACCCGACAUCCAGAAGCCAAGGCUCUUCAGUUCUGGAUUGGUGGUGUCAGGAAUUCGGCCCCCGGGACAUCACUUCGGACCGAUGAGUGAGAAGUUUCUGCAGGAGGUUGGGGAAAGGCCUGCAAAAGAUGAAUUUUGUCCUCCACCAUAUACCCACUACGAGGUUCCACCAAGUUUUUAUCGAUCUGCCAUGAUACUCAAGCCACAGCUAGGACUGGGUGCAGUCUCCAGGUUACCAUCUGCAAAAAGCAGGAUUCUCAUUGCAAGUCAAAGAUCCUCAGGUACCUGUCUUCAUCAGCAAGGAGAAAUAGCAAGUGCUCCCAGCCUCUAUCACCCUGAUGCUUCAGUUGAUCUUAAGAAAGGCCCAUGUCCAAAUGCUGCAAAGUCAAAUCUCCCCAAGCCAUGUCAGACUGGACUUCGUCCUCCAAGUUAUUCGCGGUUGCCAGCGGCUAAGCUGGCAGCAUUUGGUUUCGUCAGGAGCUCAAGCGUAUCCUCCGUCUCCAGCAACCAGUCAAAUGACAGUGCUCAGAGUGAUCAAAGCAGGACAACCAACCGUUCCAGCUUUGCAAAUGAAGAGCAAACCACUCCUAAGGCAUCUGCACCUUCUAAAGAUGCACCCAAGGGUAGCAGCAAGAGCACAACACAGGUAUCGAGCAGCACAGCGACUCCACGCAGGAGCUUACUUCCUGCACCAAAAACUGCCACUGCACCUGCUGGCGUGAAGAAAGAAGUACAAAAAGAUCAGGAUGCUAGCAGACCAGCUGUCUCAUCCCCUAAGCGAUCAGCAGUAACAGCCACCAAGCUCCAUUCACCAGGACAUCCCAAACAAAGGUCAACCACCCCAAAGAAUGGGUGCUCCCCUAAACCAGGAGAGAGUCGAGAUGCAGAAAAGCAGUUCAUCCAGAGACUGAAGGAAAAGUGUGAUGAGCAGUCCCGGCAAUUAAGCAAUAUUCGAGAAGAGCUUAAAAGGGCCAGCUGUGGGUUUGAUGUCUUCGCGAUAACAACACAGCACUUUUUCAGGCAGAAAGAAAAUGCCCUUGUGAAAAUAAACAAUUUAGGAGUGGAGAUUGCAAAGAUCAGGGAUGAAGUUGAAUACUUGUUGAAAAGUUCUCAGCCCUCAACACAGGCAAGAUGGAAGAAACUACAGAGCGAGAAGGAGGAGCUGGAGAGGCGCUUCGAGGAGGAGGCGAGGAAGCUUCUCUGGCAGCAGCGGGAGGAGCUGCAGGUGCUGGAGCAGCGGCUGCGGGAGGAGUACAGCGCCACGAUGGAGAGUCUGCAGGAGCAGCACAGGCUGCAGCUGGAGCGGGUCAAGUCCCAGCAUCAGCACCAGGUGGCCGAUAUCACAGCUGCCCACGACGCUGCGGUGUUGCAGCUGGAAAACAACCACACCUUGGCCAUCACGGUGCUGCAGGACGAGCACGACUGCGAGAUUCGAGAACUGGUUGCUGCCCACGAACUGGAAAAAACACAAUUAAAAGAGAAUUUUGAAAAGCUGCGGCUGUCACUCCAGGACCAGAUCGACACCCUCACCUUCCAGAACCAGUCUCUGAAGGCCAAAGCAGAUCGGUUUGAAGAGGCUUUGAAGAAAAGCACUGAGGAACAGCUGAAGAUUGCACGAGCUCCGUAUCUGCACUUAGAAAAAGAUCUGAAGAGCUUAAAGCAUGUUCUGGAAAUGAAGAACCAUCAGAUUCACGAACAGGAGAAGAAGAUAAUGGAGCUAGAAAAACAAGCUGAAAAAAAUUUAAUCCUGGAAGAAAAAAUCACUGUGCUGCAACAGCAGAAUGAAGAACUCAGAGCCAGGAUUGAGCAAAAUACUGUCAUAACAAGGCAAUUAUCGGAGGAGAACGCGAACCUCCAGGAAUACGUCGAGAAAGAAGUGGAGGAGAAGAAGAGGCUGAGCAGGACGAACGAGGAGCUCCUCUGGAAGCUGCAGGGGGGAGAAGCCGUGAGCCCCGUCAAAUCCCCGCCCGCAUCCUCCACGGCUUUCUACCGCUGCUCGUCGGGGAACUCCUCCCCAGCCAAAGCCAAAACCGUGCGGCGAUGAUCCGGCAGCGGUCGUGCUGAUGACUCCCCCCCCUGCCUCGUACGCGUUUCCACCCUGCUGAAUUUCACCCUGCGAGGAAGCAUCGCCAUCCGUGGGCGCCCAGGGUUCGUGGCUAGCAAGCAUGCUCCGUAGCUGCAUAGCUUCACACCAGGCAGGGCACCCGUAGGGUCCCCACGUAGGAGCUCCUGGUUCUGGCACGUCGAUUAGGAUAGCAAAGAGGACAGCAGAAAAUAAUAAUAAUAAUUAAAAAAAAAAAAAAAAAAAAGGAUAGCAAAAAGUUAGGGUAGCGGCGAGUUAGGGUAGUGACCGUUUAGCUCGAUGUGUUCACAUUUUAACUGUGGUUAGAGCCAGAAGUUGGAAAAUACUGAAUGAAGGGUUCGUCGGACUGAGCUGCUGCUGCAGUAUUUCAGGGUAGUCACAAAUAGGGUUCCGGCUGUGAAUAUCUCCGUAUGUGUGUCUGUGUUUAUAAACCUGUAUGUACUGUACCUUUAUACCUACGGAUAGACGCACACACAUAUAUAUGUAGUCGAAGAUGUUCCCAAUUGCAUUUUUUUAUAUUCUUGGAUACUACGAAGUGCUGAUCUAUUUUCAUUACAGUCAGCAGUUUUUCUAACUCGUGCCUAAGACUUGUGUCUAAACGAAACGCAUUUCUGUUUAGCCUCCCAGGAAUAUUUAUACCCGAACUAGAAGGAAGUUACACAGAAGUAGAAGCGCCUUCCAAGCGACCACCAAGUGGUACUCUACGUAACGUGAACACCAGCGACUUUUCAGUUCCCAGACAGUACUGCCUUGAACACCGUCACCUUCGCGUUGAGCACCCGAUGAGAUACGCAUGCCAUGCACGGCUUUUUAGCUCUCAAGAGUCAGUAUUGUGGGUGGAGAUAGGCUAGAGAUGAGAAACCUGAGGUUUUCAGUCAAUCUGGGAGAGGUUAGUGGUUAACGUGAGUCAGCUUUAGAGUCUCGAAACCCUCAGUGGCUUUCAUCUUGACCUGUUUAGGAAACAGUCAGAAAUCUCUGCUUGGAGGUUACUGUCCUUUUUGAUUUAUUUCGAGUCCCGUAAGCAAGAAGGAGAAAAUUGCUCCUUCUGUCCUUGACCUUUGCUGGCCAAGAGCAUUAGGACGAGCUGUCGGGGCCUGCUUGGGCCUGAAGCACAUAGGACUGCGUGGGCACAAACGGGGUCAAAAGCCUUUUCCUUCCAUAUCUCCCUAUCAUUUCGCACCUCCAGAUUUUACCCAAAGUUACGGAGCACUUCUGAGGUUGAUGGAAAAGUCUGGCUAAACGACCUUUAGCUUCUCUGCCUUGAAGCAACAAAAUAAAAGCUCGCCCUGGCUGAGCAUCGCCCCUGCUUGCCCACAGGGGGCAGGAAGGGCUGCGGGGCCCUUGUGGGCUCCGACAACGAGCAGGGGGGGAAUUUCCCACAGCAUCAAUCAAAAUAAUACCAAUAAUAAUAACAAAGGGAGAGCUGUGGGAUGGUUUUAUGUUCUAGACACAGCUUCGAUCACCACCAACAGGCCCGUGGCCCUCGCCGCGGCGCUAACGAGUAACGGUGAUCCUUUUGUUGUGUGUUUUUUUUUCCUCCUUUUUUAGAGAAAUUUAUUUUUGUAGAGGCUUUUGCAUGAUACUGUGAUACGUUGAGCAUCUUGUUAGGAUAGCCCGCUCCACACAGGCUGGCUGUUGAAAUGCAGCACUAGAUUUUUAGCGUGGCCUGCAAGUGCGGCCUGCGAGUCGAAUAGCUCCGUAACACCCCGACAGCCACAAAGCCCCUCCUGGCCGGCACCGAGUUCAUCACCCUCAUCCUUGCUAAAUGCACGGGCACCUGCAGCACCGACUGCCUCGCCGUGCCUCGCUCUGCUGAUGUAUUCCUGCCACAAUCAGAGCAUACAGCCAGGGCUGGGACCACGAUGCUGAGUUUCUCCCAGCUGGACACAGCAGAGCGUAUUAUCACCAAGCCCAUCCUUUUUUUUUUUUUUUUUUUUAACUUCUUCGUUGUUUUCCUCUAUUUCUGGUGCUUUCCUUCUCUCUUUGUUGGGUUAAGUUCAUACGCAAGAGAUGCUUCCAGCAGCGAAUUGGGAGUGGGGCUUCAGCGGUGGGGGAAGGGGGACCGAUCCCAGCUCCACCAUCGUUUGGUGUCGUUGCCAACCCCUUUCCCAUCGGAUUUUUGCCUCCCAAUCCUGCCUGUCACUGGGUUCUUCCUUGGUGUGGCCUCUGGGGGCUGCCCGAUUGCUAGCAAAGCUGUGAGAAGCUCUGCCUGGCUGGGGGGGAUCCAGAAAACCUUCCCUGGGGGGACGCAGAGGGUGCCUCCUGCUGCUGCAAGCCCAGGAACAGAGUUACUUCCCCCCCAAAAAUAAUUAUUCCUCUUUCCUGCUUCUCCUUAUCUCUGGGGCCAGGGGCAUUCCCAGGGGACGGGGACACCGAGUAACCCUGCUAGUGACAGGCUCCCAGCCUUUGCUUUUGGGGUCUGGCGACUUCCCAUACAUCAGAGCCACCGCGGCUGCUUCCCCUAUUUUGCAGGAGGGAGGGAAGGCAGGAGGGAGUUUUAGGGCAGGAGGAGGAGGCAAAACGUGCCAUGAGCAAGGCUGGCCCCAACGCUGCCCUCCCUAAGCCUCCCUAACACACAUCUUCCUCGUCUUCCUCGGGGAGAGGGCGCCUGCCAAGUGCCUGGCGAGGACAUCCCCGCACAAUACGAGCAGGGGGGAGGCAGAGCGAGGACCCCAGCCUCCUUUUUUCCCUCUUGGGAGAUGGAGCUGGGAGUUCAGGCCUGGCAUCUCCCCCUGGAAGGGUCUGCGGGUGCUUGGGGUUGGUUCGGAAAAUGCACGGGGGCAAAGGCUGGAGGUGGUGGUGGGGUUUGGGGGAGGAAGGCGAAGGCUAACGGGUGCAAAAUCAGGUAUUUUACGUCUCUGCACUGAGCGUGUUUGUGUCCCAUGGACACGCCGAGGAGCCUCUGUACAGUUCCCACGCGGUAGGAGCCCUGUGGUCUGGUUUACUCUGUGGCUAACGAGUACAGGAAGAGUUUGUAUUAUUUGGGUCGCGCUGUACAGAUAAGUGUAAUAUAUUCCUGAUAAUAAACGCGAGCGCCCGCACACGGAAGGGGCAGGCGCCUGAAAACCC